AUGUCCGUGUGCGGUUCUCGGCGCACGCUCCGCACGGCCACAAAAACCCUUGAGGAGGUCGCAGAUCCUCUGCUCGAGAACGCUGCGACGGCGCUCACGGAUGCACGCGAGCUCUGGUUGGCGGACGUGUCCAGUCCCACUGCCCAUCCCCCCUCUCCCAGCCAGAUCUCCUCGCUCAAAACCAUCGUCGCAGCCAUGCCGCGCCUCGACACCGUUGUCCUCGCUAACCACUUCCAGGCGGUCUGGGCGGAAGGCGGACGGCCCAGCCUCUUCCUGCUGCCCGACGCCCGCGACGCCCGCGUCCGGCCAAGUAUCACGACGCUGCGGAUCGUGCACGGGUACGGCCCGCACCUGCGCGAGGACUGGGAGAUGCCGCGCGACGGCUCCGCGCCCGUCAUGCCCCCGCUCGACCUCACCGGCCUCGUCGACGAGCUCGCGUCGGGCGCGUACGACUAUCUUGAGCACCUCGUGAUCGAGGUUCCGGGCCACCUGCGGUGGAUGGACGUCGACGGCGGGGACAUCGCGCGGCUCCGCACGCACUUCAAGACGACGCAGGUCAGGAUGGUCGAGGAGACGCCUACCAUGGCUCUCCCGGAGUACUGUGUCGAGAGGUCGGCGUGGCCGCCUGAUGUUAACGACCCGUGGCCACAUAGGAUUUGGUGA